GCUAAUGCUCUGUUGUAAAAAAUCCACCCAGCGGCCAUAGCAGUCCAGGAUCCUGUUACAAAACCAGGGAAAGAGGAUAAAUAAAUUAUAAUCCCUGAAGAACAAUCCUCCAAAACAGGACUCUGUACGCGAUUAUAACGACUCUUCUCUAUGUCCAUUGUGUCAGCCGGUUUACAUCAUCAGCAGGGCGCGGACCGGCUGCACGCAGCCCAGCAACGCUGACGUGACUACGUCACGCCGCAAGAAUCCCGGAAUCUGGACAUAAUGUCGGAAAAAAGCGAGCUGAAGGCAGAGCUGGAGAGGAAGAAACAGCGCCUCGCUCAGAUCAGGGAAGAGAAGAAGAGAAAAGAGGAGGAACGCAAGAAAAAAGAAACUGAAGGGCGUGGAGAAGGCGCCUCUCCGCCAAACGAUGACUCUGAUCUGGAGAGGAAGAGGAGGGAGACGGAGGCUCUGCUGCAGAGCAUGGGCAUCACCGAUCCUGCCAUGGUCCCCCCUCCCAUGUCUCCCUCUGCCAAAUCAGUGGGCACUCCGAGUGAAACCGGCAGCCAGGACUCCGCAGACGGUGCCACCGGAGUCAGGACUCUGCACUGGGAUUCUGACCCCUCUACUCUCCUGCUGCAUUCAGACUCUCAGCAUGGACGAGGUCCUCUCAGGCUCGGCAUGGCUAAAGUGACCCAGGUGGACUUUCCUCCUCGAGAGCUCGUGUCGUACUCUAAAGAGACUCAGACACCCGUCACCACUCAGCCUAAAGACGCGGAAGAGGAAAACGAGGAGGAGGAUCUGGCGGUGGAUUCGACCGCUCUCGAGUCUCCGAAAGAAAACGAACCUCACUCUGAGGAAGAGGAAGCGCCACCUCACGAGCUGACGGAGGAGGAGAAGCAGCAGAUCCUGCACUCGGAUGACUUCCAGACGUUUUUCGAUCACAGCUCUCGCAUCAUGGAGCGCGCUCUCUCCGAGCAGGUGGACGUCUGCUUCGACUACAGCGGACGAGACCUCCAGGACAAAGAGGGAGAGACCCAGGCUGGGACCAAGCUGUCUCUGAACAGGCAGUUUAUAGACGAGCGCUGGUCCAAACACAGAGUGGUCACAUGUCUGGACUGGUCACCUCAGUACCCGGAAUUGUUGGUGGCGUCCUACAGCAGUAAUGAAGAAGCUCCUCAUGAGCCGGACGGUGUGGCGCUGGUGUGGAAUAUGAAGUACAAGAAAACAACAGCGGAGUACGUCUUCCACUGUCAGUCGGCGGUGAUGUCAGCAGCUUUCGCACAGUUUCAUCCGAACCUGGUCGUGGGUGGGACGUACUCGGGACAGAUCGUCCUGUGGGACAAUCGCAGUAACAAGCGGACACCCGUACAGAGGACACCCCUCUCUGCCUCCGCACACACGCACCCGGUGUACUGUGUGAGUGUAGUCGGGACUCAGAACGCUCACAACCUCAUCAGCAUCUCUACUGACGGCAAAAUGUGCUCCUGGAGCCUGGACAUGCUCUCCACACCUCAUGACAGUCUGGAGCUGGUGUUUAAACAGUCUAAACCAGUUGCGGUGACAUCCAUGGCGUUUCCUCUGGGUGAUGUUAAUAACUUCGUGGUGGGCAGUGAGGACGGCACCGUCUAUACCGCAUGCAGACACGGCAGUAAAGCAGGGAUCAGCGAGAUGUUCGAAGGUCAUCAUGGUCCAGUUACGGGGCUCGACUGUCACACAGCCACCGGACCUGUCGAUUUCUCUCACCUGUUUGUGACAUCAUCCUUCGACUGGACCGUCAAGCUGUGGAGCACCAGGAACACUAAGCCGCUGUACUCGUUCGAGGAUAACUCCGACUACGUGUAUGACGUCAUGUGGUCUCCUGCUCACCCUGCGCUGUUUGCCUGCGUCGAUGGAGUCGGACACCUUGACUUGUGGAAUCUCAACAACGAGACUGAGGUUCCCUCGGCUUCAGUGACGAUCGAGGGGAACCCGGCGCUAAACCGCGUGCGCUGGGCCAGUUCCGGCAGAGAGGUUGCCGUCGGUGAUUCUGAGGGUCGUGUACACAUCUACGACGUAGGAGAGCAGAUCGCCGUGCCGCGGCAGGACGAAUGGACCCGCUUCCUAAAAACCCUCAGCGAACUCGGCGAGAACCAGGAGGAGGCGGAGGAUCUGGCAACCCAGCGCCUUGCUGCCUGAUCACAGCAAUCUUCGCGCUCAGAAUCAGGUCUUAUAUUUCUGUAGAGCGGGGCUAAAAACUCCACCGUGUGACAAUCUCGCGCUUCCCUUCACCGCACUGAAACACUCCCACUUUAAUCUCUGGCGCGGACAACGUCGUUAUGAGCAGAGACGUGAACGCUAGGAUGGAAAAAGCCAGGCUAGUUCGAUCAUAUCUAAACAAGAGACGUGUCUUUAGAAAGUAGGGAAGAUCACGAGAGCUAAAGCUCACGCUGAUCCACUAGAACCCAUGAUAUUAAGCAGCGCACUGGCUAACUGCUCUCUUUUCCAGACUGUAAGACGUAUUUUUUUUCCCCCUCUAGCAGGAAUUGUUGUAAUUUCUGCUUUUGUUUAAUAACGAUACGCUCAUUUGUUUUGUAUAUUUACGGUAAUUUGCUGUCUCGUGUGUUAAAUUAACACCGACGUUGGAUCGACGCUAAUAUAAAACCCCUUAAAUUAGCAUUAUGUAAAUUAGCGUCAUUGUAGCCGCAGGCACGGAACAAACAGAAGCCGGAAACGAGGAAGCUGCAGCGUUUCGUUAGCGAGGUAAUGUUAGCUAAGAUGGCUGACGUGUUGCUGAGGAGGCUAACAUUUUAAAAUUUUGUAAUUUCUUACCAGGCAUCGCGUUUUUUACACAAUUACAUUUCAAGUAACAGAGGUCUAACUUAAGUAUUUUGGUGUGUGCUAGCUAGUUAAUGCUAGUUAAUAUGAUUUACACAAAAGAAUGACAUGCAUAUGGAUUUCUUUUUUAAACUGAAUUUAGGGGGUACUUAUAAUCCGGAAGAUACUGUAUUUAUUUAUUUGAAAUCCUCCUCAGCCUGUUUGAGCUCCAUUUUUGUAUGAAAAUCCCCUCUUAUGAGGUGUAUUAGUGUUUUUAUGAACUAGCCUAGCAUAACAUUGGAUUUCUGAUGUUUGUUGUAAAGCACACUGCAGGGAAAAGCACACACACACACACUGGAUCUUCACUUUGGGGAACACUUUAACACAGUAAUGUUCAGCGAAUGUCUAAAAACGACAGAGAAAUGAAAUGAAGACGUGCUCUAUACGUAGCAGCUGCAGUUUUUCAAAAUGGCCGACACGCUAAAACUCUUUACGGCGGCCAUUUUGUGUUACAAAAUGGUUCCUGUGGAAGUUGUUUUCUUCUGUUCUGUUCUGCUCUGGGAUGUGAUGUGAGGUAACACAGCGGUCAGUCAUUUCUGUUUAACGCUAAACGUUAAACUACACGCCCACACAGGUGCUAGAGAGUCAAGUGUAAGAUUAUCGUGAUUUGAGACCGAGCCGUGCAGUUAAUAUGUAAUUUCUAGCUUUUUUUUUAUUAUUAUUAAUCUAAAUUAUUAGUGCUCCUUUUGAAAAGACUAGCAUUGAUGAUUUUGAUCUGAAAGGUUUAUACUUGUGUGUACGUGUUAAUUAAUGCUUCCUUUUAACCACUAAUUUUGAUAUAUUUAUAUGCAUUCCCUUUUAACAGUUGAUACAUUAAUAGAGGAAACGAAAGGGCUGGUGGCGAGUUAGCCUGUAGCGUGCUCACGUAAUGUCAGAAUUACGUUAACGAUUACGACAGAUGAGUAACGGAUACGAGAGAAACGACUGUUAGAGGUUACGCUAAUUAAACCGUGUUUUAGCGUUCUCUAUGUGGUUUUUAAGACAGAUCUAACUGAUACAGGCUAAAAAGCUCUAAAGGGAUUACAAGAGCUUUAAGCGUUAAGGUUUGUUUACUCUCCAAAACGGAGAUUUCUGACAUUACUGUAAUUCUAACACGGUGUGGACGUGCUAAUAGGCCGUAUUUAUAUCCUGUAUAGUUUAACAUGCUGCACUGUUUGUUUUUUUUUUU